CGGCGGCGGCGGCGGGCGCGGGGCUCGCUCUCGUCUUGACAUUUUAUCCCCCAGAGCUGCAUACUUGGAGCUGGCUUGCACGUCCCAGUCAUGAAGUUCUGGAGGUGGGGCGGGCUUUAAUUUGCUUAUAUCUAAUGAUUUCCGAAGCCGGGCUUUAAAAUGGCGGCAUCCGUCCUGCACCCCUGCUAAAGCCUCCCCCAGCACUUGGGCGACUUUGCUUAGUGCUGCUUUUGCUUCUGCAGCUAACAUAUGGCAUGUGCUGCUGCUGCUGCUGCUGCUGCUGCUGCUGCUCCCGCUGCUGCUGCUGCUGCAGCUGAGAGCUGGGCCCCGUAGUAGCCGAUCCAGCCGCCGCUGCUACUCCAGACCAUCAGCGGAAGGUUACUGAAAAGUGCCUUUCCUGAAAUCUCUACUACUUGGAUUUUUCUCUAGGGCUGCCUCUCCCCAACCUCCACCCCCACCCACUCCUUUCCUUUAAAAAAAAAAUUUGGCGUUGCUUUUAGUUCAUAUCCUGACGGCAACUCAUCCAUCCUUUUUUCCCUCCUAAUACACAUCAUUUGUUCGGCCAUUUUCCCUCCCUAGCCCUUUUUUUUUUUUUUUUUUUUUUUCAAAUUUAAACAGUUGCAACAUCCUUGCGCUUGUUUGAACGCUUCCCAACCGUGAUUUUUUUUUUCAAAGCCAGAAAUAAGGAAGACAAAAAAAAAGUUUUCUCCCCAAGGGCCCAGGCCCCUCCACAAACUGAGGCGCUGCCAGCAACAUAUGCUUUUUGCAGAGAAUAAUUGAAACCAUCUAAACUGGAGAGAGAGCAUAGAAUCCUUUGGAAAGCCUGCUAGCUCUUUCCAAGUAACUUGGGGCAGAGGCGCAGUCCUCCCUCCCCCUAGUCGCUAUUGGACCUCCUCCCAAUGCACUUUUAGGAGCUGGCCUUGAAUCUGAUUUUCAGUUCUCCUGCUAAGAGUUCCAUCGUGCAAUUGGCUUUAUAUUGAAUUCUCAUUCGAAUAGACCUGAUUGGACUUAAACAAAAAACCCCAAGUGCUGACAAAUCUUGAAUUUUACCAAAGUGACGAGAUUGGUUUCUUCACGGUUCACUUGAAUUCACUUUUCUACCCUUUUUAGAAUUAGGAGGGAUAUUGUCCUUAAAUAAAAACAACAACAAAAACCAAGAAAGAGUACAGUUGCUAGUUUCCCUUUGUUUUGACAAUGGCUGUCAACGUGUCUUUGGUUCGGGAUACAAAAUGGCUGACUCUAGAAGUAUGUCGAGAGUUUCAGAGAGGUACUUGUUCUCGAUCUGAUGCAGAAUGCAAGUUUGCCCAUCCGUCGCGGAGCUGCCAUGUGGAAAACGGUCGUGUGAUUGCCUGCUUUGAUUCUCUUAAGGGCCGCUGCACUCGAGAGAACUGCAAGUAUCUUCACCCUCCUCCCCACCUGAAGACUCAGCUCGAAAUUAAUGGACGGAACAACCUGAUACAGCAGAAGACUGCGGCUGCCAUGUUUGCGCAGCAGAUGCAAUUCAUGCUCCCAGGCGCUCAGCUGCAGCCAAUCACUACAUUUCCUGUGACUCCAUCUCUUGCGACAAACCCUACCAUGGCUUUCAGUCCUUAUCUAAGUCAUGUUACUCCUGGGAUGGGCCUGGUUCCUGCAGAGCUUUUACCAAAUGCGCCCAUGCUGAUGUCUGGAAACCCACCUGUCACAGUGCCAGGAGGCGCUGCUGGUCAGAAACUGAUGCGUACAGAUAAACUGGAGGUUUGCAGAGAAUUUCAACGUGGAAACUGCACCCGGGGUGAGAAUGAUUGCCGAUAUGCCCACCCUGUCGAUAUUGCCAUGAUAGAUGGAAAUGAGAACACCGUUACGGUGUGCAUGGAUUACAUCAAAGGCCGCUGCUCCCGGGAGAAAUGCAAGUACUUUCAUCCCCCUGCACACCUGCAAGCCAAAAUCAAGGCAGCUCAACACCAGGCUAACCAGACAGCCGCAGCUGCAAUGGCCCUGCCACCUGGUGCCCUCCAACCUUUACCAAAGAGGCCAGCACUUGAAAAGAAUAACGGUGCCACCACAGUCUUCAACCCAAGUGUUUUCCACUACCAACAGGCUCUAGCUAACAUGCAGCUGCAGCAACCAACAUUCAUCCCGACAGGGUCAGUACUGUGCAUGGCACCCACUGCAAAUGUUGUGCCCAUGAUGCACGGUGCUACGCCCACCACUGUGUCCGCAGCAACAACACCUGCCACCAGCGUCCCCUUCGCUGCAACAGCUACAGCCAAUCAGAUAUCCCAGUUAUCAGUAGAUGAACUGAGUAGCAGCAUGUUUGUUUCACAGAUGUAAACGUAACGAAUAGAAACAAUUCCAAAGAUUCACAGAACUGGAAGGAGAUGUUCAAACUAAUGGGAGAAUUAAGUUCUUUUUCUUCCCGGGCCCUGUCCUUGGUGCUGAGGAUACAAAUCUGAAAACCUGCACACCCCUUGCCUUCAAGAAGUUUGAAAUCUGAGAGCUUUGGAGGUCACCUAGUUCAAACUCCUUAUUAUACAAAGGAGAAAAGUAAGGGAGGAGCUUGCAUAGGACCACCUGGCUCAAAACUCCCAAAUAAUUAGUUGCAGAGGCAAGGCUAGGACACCUGCCUCCUGACUUCCUGCUAGGUUAACCCUUUGAUCUCUCUUUUUUCUUUUUUUUUUCUUUUUUU